CUCUCAACUGCUCGUGGGGUUUCUGUCAUCUUACUGGAGGGGAGCAAACUCUUUGGAGAAUAACACUUUACUGCAGCCAUGCCUGAACCUGUCCCAGAACCUGUCCCAGAACCUGUCCCAGAACCUGUCCCAGAACCUGCUAAAAAGGAGGAAAAUGAAGUGCCGGCCCCAGCUCCAGCCCCACUCCCGGAAGAACCAAAUAAAGAGAAGGAAGCCGGAACUGCACCAGCAAAAGAUGAAGAGGAAGCCUCCCCGUCUUUUGUCCUGCCUCCAGGUUUGGGUAGUCGGGCCCUGGAGAGAAAAGAUUCAGAAUGGUCUCUUGGAGAAUCACCUGCCACAGAGGAUCAUGACAAGCAGGAUGCCAAUUCUCAGCUGUCCAUCCUGUUCGUGGAAAAGCCUCAAACAGGAACAGUGAAAGUUGGUGAAAAUAUCACCUUUAUAGCCAAGGUCAAGGCUGAAGAUCUCCUUAGAAAACCCACUGUCAAAUGGUUUAAAGGGAAAUGGAUGGACCUGGCCAGCAAAGCUGGGAAGCACCUCCAGCUGAAGGAAACCUUCGAAAGGCACACUCGGAUAUACACAUUCGAGAUGCAGAUCAUCAAGGCCAAAGAGAACUACGCAGGAAACUACAGAUGUGAAGUCAGCUAUAAGGAUAAGUUUGACAGCUGUUCCUUCGAUCUUGAAGUGCGCGAAUCUACCGGGAGUACUCCAAACAUUGACAUCAGAUCUGCUUUCAAGAGAAGUGGAGAAGGUCAAGAGGAUGCAGGGGAACUUGACUUUAGUGGUCUCCUGAAACGUAGGGAGGUGAAGCAGCAGCAGGACGAGGAACCCGAGAUAGACGUGUGGGAGCUGCUGAAGAAUGCGAACCCCAACGAGUACGAGAAGAUCGCCUUCCAGUACGGCAUCACCGACCUGCGCGGGAUGCUCAAGCGGCUCAAGCGCAUGCGCAGGGUGGAGAAGAAGAGCGCAGCUUUUGCAAAAAUUCUUGAUCCUGCAUAUCAGGUUGAUAAAGGAGGCAGGGUAAGGUUUGUUGUGGAAUUGGCAGAUCCAAAGUUGGAGGUGAAAUGGUAUAAAAAUGGUCAAGAAAUUCGACCCAGUACAAAAUACAUCUUUGAACAUAAAGGAUGUGAAAGAAUUAUGUUUAUCAAUAACUGUGGGCUAACAGAUGAUUCGGAGUAUUAUGUGACGGCUGGCGAUGAGAAAUGUUCCACAGAGCUCUUUGUGAGAGAGCCUCCAAUUAUGGUGACCAAGCAGCUGGAAGAUACAAAUGCUUACUGUGGGGAGAGAGUGGAAUUAGAAUGUGAGGUGUCUGAAGAUGAUGCAAAUGUAAAAUGGUUUAAGAAUGGUGAAGAGAUCAUCCCUGGUCCAAAAUCAAGAUACAAAGUUAAAAUUGAGGGCAAAAAACACACUUUGAUCAUAGAAGGAGCAACCAAGGCUGAUAGUGCAGAAUAUUCUGCAAUGACAACAGGAGGACAAUCAUCCGCUAAACUUAGCGUUGGCUUGAAGCCUCUGAAGAUAUUGACACCUCUAGCUGAUCAGACUGCAAAACUUGGAAAAGAAAUCUGCUUGAAGUGUGAAGUCUCUGAAAACAUUACAGGAAAAUGGACUAAAAAUGGGCUACCUGUUCAGGAGAGUGACCGCGUAAAGGUUGUACACAAAGGAAGAAUCCACAAAUUAGUGAUAGACAAUGCUCUCAUUGAGGAUGAAGGGGAUUAUGUAUUCACACCAGAUGACUACCCUGAUACUAUGUCUGCCAAAGUUCAUGUGAUUGAUCCUCCUAAAAUCAACCUGGAUGGUCUUGAUGCUGACAACACAGUAACAGUAAUUGCAGGGAACAAGCUUCGUCUUGAGAUUCCCAUCAGUGGAGAACCUCCUCCUAAAGUUAUUUGGAGCCGAGCAGAUAAGGCCAUCAUGGAGAGUGGCCGGAUAAGGGCAGAAUCUUACCCUGACAGCAGCACUCUGGUUAUUGAUGUCGCUGAAAGAGAUGAUUCUGGUGUUUACAACAUAAAUCUGAAAAACGAAGCUGGAGAAGCACAUGCCAGCAUCAAGAUUAAAGUUGUGGACAUCCCUGAUCCUCCAGUGGCACCGAAUGUGACAGAUGUGGGAGACGAUUGGUGCAUCAUGAACUGGGAGCCUCCUGCCUACGAUGGAGGGUCCCCAAUCUUAGGAUACUUUAUUGAGAGGAAAAAAAAGCAAAGCUCCAGGUGGAUGAGGCUGAACUUUGAGCUCUGCAAAGAAACAACUUUUGAGCCCAAAAAAAUGAUUGAAGGCGUGGCCUACGAGGUCCGUAUCUUUGCCGUCAAUGCCAUCGGCAUCUCCAAGCCCAGUAUGCCCUCCAAGCCAUUCGUUCCUUUGGCUGUAACCAGCCCCCCUACACUUCUGGCUGUUGACAAUGUAACUGACACCACUGUCACAAUGAAGUGGCGGCCCCCAGAUCAGAUCGGUGCCGCAGGUUUAGAUGGCUAUGUGCUAGAGUAUUGCCUUGAAGGAAGUUUAAAAAGUACAUCAGCAAAACAGUCUGAUGAAAAUGGGGAGGCUGCAUAUGAUCUGUCGUCAGCUGAGGACUGGAUAGUUGCAAACACAGAUCUGAUCGACAAGACCAAGUUCACCAUCACGGGCCUGCCCACGGAUGCGAAGAUCUUUGUGCGUGUGAAGGCUGUGAACGCAGCCGGUGCCAGCGAGCCCAAGUACUACUCGCAGCCCAUCCUCGUGAAGGAAAUCAUAGAGCCUCCAAAAAUUCGCAUCCCACGGCACCUGAAGCAAACCUACAUCCGCAGAGUUGGAGAAGCUGUCAACCUGGUUAUACCUUUCCAGGGAAAACCAAGACCAGAAUUAACUUGGAAGAAGGAUGGUGCCGAAAUUGAUAAAAAUCAAAUCAACAUUCGCAACUCUGAGACUGACACGAUCAUAUUUAUCAGAAAAGCGGAGAGGAGCCACUCAGGGAAAUACGAUCUGGAAGUCAAAGUGGAGAAAUUCGUGGAAAACGCAUCGAUCGACAUCCAGAUCGUGGGAAGAUGAAAAUCAAGAGUUUCCAGAUAAGCUUAGCUAGAGUGCAUUCCACUUCUCUGAUGUUUAAGAAUGGUGCAAGAAAUGUGGGUAGAGAU